AUGCCGGUGGCUAGAGAGUCAAAAGAGGCCAAAAAGAGGUGGGAGGCCAAAGAGAGAUCAGAAAUAAGAGGACACCAAAAACAGCUGAGAAAAAAAGUGGAGGCCAAAAAGGGGUGUGAGGCUGGAGAGCAAGUAGAGGCCAGAAAAAAAUUUGAGGCCAAAAAGGAGUUGCAGGCUAAAAAGGUGUGGGAGGCCAGAGGGCCAUUACAGAACAGAAAAAAGUGGAGGUCAAAAAGUGGUGGGAGGCUGGAGAGAAUCCUCGAAACCACCCUAAGACAGGCCAGAAAGCAAGUAGAGGCCGAGAAGCUGUGGGAGGCCAGAGGGCAAAGCAAACGGGCAGAAAAGGUUUGGGAGGGCAAAGAGCAAGUAGAGGCCGAAGAGGUGUGGGAGGUUGGAGAGCAAGUAGAGGCUGAAAAGUGUUUGGAGACCAGAGAGGAAAGAGGGGCCGAAAAGUUCUGGGAAGCCAGAGAGCAAAUAGAGGCCAAAGAGCUGUGGGAGGCCAAAAAGGUGUGGUAG